GACUUUGACGAUGACCUCCCAGAGUUCGAGUUCUCGAUGGCGCCUGUCGCGGCGCCCGCGGAGCCCGCCAUCAGGCGCGUUCGGAGCAGGGCGCAGUUCCAGGGAAACACCAUGCCUGUCAAGGACGAGCUUCCAGAUGGCGACGUGAAGGGCGAGAACGACUCGAAGGAGGAGGUGGAUGCUCGCGCUGACGAGCCAGACGUUCCGGAAGGUCAAACAGAUGACGACGCAUGUGAUGAGGAUGGUUUGCAGAUGCGGGGGAUCGAAAAGCUGACCCUUUCUUUGUACACCAAGAUCUGCGACAUGAUGAAGCACACGGCGGUGAAGCCACCAAUGCCGCCAGGCGACGCCAUCGAGAGUUCGAUGGCAUUGGCAGUCGAGGACGGCAUCACGAUGCUGGAGUUCAACAAAGUCAAAGGGGUCACCGCCUUAUCCUUGGCUGCGGCGUGGCCGUCGGGAAGCCACUUGGCACCAGUCGCCAAGAUCAGGAACACAGUGAACUCAUACGUAAGCGAGCUGGCCAAUCCGAAGUGGUUUGAGGAGUUCAUCCUGGGGGCGCUGCACGCCCUUCAGAGGCGCCUUACGAAGCAUCAGCAUAACAUCAUCGGAAAAACGCAGUUCGAAGUGCAGCAGGCCUUCAACCAGUUGUGCAAUCGCCUAUCGGCCUUGAUUGCGCUCCAUAAGACGAUGAGGGCCUGGGUUGACGCCCAAGUGGAUAGACUACUUCAGGAAACGCUUGAGCCGUUCUCAGUUGUGAUUGCCUACAUGAUGCAUGCGCGCGAGCAUAUGUCGGAGGAGCUCAACAUUGUCGUGGUCUAUGCUACUUUCCAGGGCAUGGCGAUUUCCACGGGGUCGGUCGCGCGGGCUAUCGAGGCGUUUGAUGUUGAGAUACUGACCAUCAUCAACACGAUCACCGAGAAAGACCCGCCCGCCGAAGCCGAGCCGAUGGUUUCCGAUGCCAUGCAGACGUGGUUGUGCGGGUUGGCCGAUACCUCUGUUACAGAUAAUGUCUUGGCUAUUGACUUCAUGUUUGAGAUUGGCUUCAUUGCCACGCACUGGAAGGCCAAGGAGGUCACCAUGCGGACAGAGCUGGAGGACGACACGUUCUCCGAGGUGUUGGGCGCAGUCGAGACCAUUGCCAAAUGCGCCAGCGGCGUUGAGUCGGACAGGCCCCCCACUGCUGAGGUGCGGCAAGCGAGAAAGCUGAUACUCGACCAGGUUAGACAGCCGACCUCACCAGCGUCUGAGCUUGCUCGUACUCUGCAGGCGUAUCCCGUGGGCAAGGCUAUGAUGGAGGCCAGUCGUACUCACGUGGCCCAGAGCAUCGAGGACGACAUGGCGACGCAUAAGUUCGAGGUGGCGGCAUCGCACUUCGAGAAAGACUUCGAGGCGUGCUUCGACGACUUGCAGGCGUGGGCGGAUACUGUGCGCAAGGACUCGCCCAAUAAAUUCUUUGAUGAUGUCAACGUUCUCUUCAACCGCAUGAAUUUCUUCUUCGCCAGCGCCCGCGGCGCGAUCUCGAAAUGGUCGACCUCUGCUGCGCACGCGAACUUGGAGUUUGUGGCGGACAACCUCAACAACUCGAUGAGCUUGCUCAGGGUCGGCAGGUACAUGAUGAUGGACAUCUACGCUGAGGUCAUCGGGCCAUUCGUGCCGAAGUUGGGUGCUGCGCUGCUGGGACUCAUGCAGGCGUGCGAGGCGCAGGACCCAAUAGAGGACGGCACGUCUACUGACGGCAAGACGGAUGACAAGGAGUGCCACGACCGCCUCGUGAAGGAGUACUCUACUACCGCUGGCGUCCUCGCGCCGAGCUUGGCCACGUUUGCGAGCUCCCUCAGCACCUUGACCGAGAAGUGGACCAAGUGCAAGAAUGGCUUAGCCAUGCGCUGUGGCGACGCCGCCUUCGAUAAGCUGGAAAAGGAAUACGUCACGAACCCAGAUGCUUUCGAGAACGAGGUCAAACGUGUCAGCUGCUUAUUGCAGGACAUGGUCACGUGCAUGAACUACUGCGUGAAUCUCGUUGAGCAGAGGCGGUCGGAUUUCUCAACGGCGGCCCAGGCAGACGCGUUCACGGACCUCGUUGUGAAGUUCGCAGGUUCGGUACGCUGGAUGCGCGAUGAGGACUUCAUGGACUUGUCCGUUUCGACCCAGAGCUCGGUGACCAACGUGCAGACCGUGAAGCAGACCUCGGAUAGCUUCAAGCAGUUUCUCGACGGACCAGCUUCGCGCAUCUACAACGAUUGCGCCGACAGCUUCAUCGGCAGCAAGCUCGCUGAGAUUUCGCCGAGCCUCAGUUUCAAGCUGGGCGAAGUCAGCGUGGACGUCAUGCGCGAGGUGCCCCCUCACGAGGCACUGUCCAGACUGAUCGCCAGCGUGAGCGUCAAGUCCAUCCUGCUUGAUGGUGUCAACUGGGUCGACGGCAGCACGAUUGACGACACGGCCAUGGACGAUAUUCCAUACAACAGGGCGUUGUCGGAUCUUCUGUCCUUCGCAGAGGCGGCGUCUCUCGACAGCAUCCUGAUUCCCGAUACCAGUCACAAUGGCGAGCAUGGCCGCAUGAAAAUGGAGCAUGCGAAGAUAUACUUGGACAUGGUGGCGCAGGUCAAGGACAUAGCUGGGUGUGCAGCGCAGCUUCACGUGAACGUCUUCGAGCGCAGCGUGCUUCCCAAUGAUCAGCUGCUCUUUGGGGAGUUCGUCCACGCUCAACGGAUGAUGAGCAGGGUGGUUCUUCGGCUGGACGCGUUGCUGCUCUCGGCGGGCACCCACGAGUUCGAGAAAGAGGGCUGGGUGUGCUGCAUCAGCCCUCAGAGCGUGCGGCAGUGGCUCCAGGCGAUCGCCAUCUUCUCGAACUCAGCGAAGUCGAAGCUUCUUGAGAUGAUGGCGCUGAGUUUACAGAAGCAUGCUGACGCAUGCAGGUCGGGACUUCCAGAUCUCACGGCGGCGACCGACAAGAAUGGCCAGUUCGUCGAGAAGCUGGCCCAGAAGAUUUUCAAGGAUCAGACCGCAGUGGUUGCUUCCUACAAUGUAGUGCACAAAGCACUGACCUACCUGAGCAGAGCGGGCAGCAUGCUGGAGAUCGUGCCCGUCGUCUCCGAGCACGACGCCACGCAGACCGCCGUGGCGACGGCCAUGGCGUGCUUGGUCAUCGGCAGUCGAAGG